CAAAUGUUAAGAACUGACACAAAGCAAUCAGUCAUCUUAGUCAAAAGAGUUACGUUGUAGGCAACUGGACCUCUUAGUUGAAACAUGGCCAUUGUCAUCGCGGGGAAAGGGGUUGGCCUAACGGGUCCACUCUCCAGACAUAAAUACCCCUGAUUCACACAUCAGAGUUACAGGUGAAGUAGUCUGACUCCAGAGCAGACGAAACAUCUUCAAGCAAGAAAAGAGCUCCAAGCUACCCACAACUCUUUUGAUCGACACACUACUACGGGAAACAGUCAUUCGGUUGCUGAGUGAAGGUCAUUAUGGGUCGUGUGAACAUCGUUACCAUCUUGGUCCUGAUGCUGGCAGGUUGUGCCAUGUGCCACUACCAGAAGAGAGUACUAGGCAAGGACUGCGCACCUGACCAAGGCCAACACCACGUGGUUCUGACGACCCCUGGGGACGACAAGGGACACUGUGGGGGUUCUCUGCUCAGCUCCCAGUGGAUCAUCACGGCCGAACAUUGUGAAAAAAGAAGGUUUAAAGACGGGACAUUUGAGAUUAUUAAAGACCUGCAGGUCCUCAUUGGAAAGCACCCUGACAAAACAAAAGCCAUCAAAAAGGAUGUCGAAGCAAGACACAAGUUCAAAUACACAAAAGCACAAGUCGAGCAUGAUAUUAUGCUCAUCAAGAUUGACAACUCAAACACUGGCGGAGCCGUCACUGUACAAUUACCUGGUACCACGUGCAGUGCCCCAAGCAUAGGUCGGAGGGUUGACAUUGUUGGCUGGAUGACUGCAGAUGUGCAUCCCACAACAAAGGGGGAUUCCGGUAGCAGCCUGAUGUAUAAAGGGAAGCUGCAUGGGGUUCUUAUAGCAGGGCCGACUGUUCGCCUCUGCAGUGACACUGAAGACUACAUGGACAUCUGUCACCCUGAGUACAGAGCUUGGAUCUCAAAGAUCACUGGCCUGAAGUAG